GCAACGCAGUGAAUUCCAAAUUUUCUAUAGAUCUCGAGCGAAGCCAAAGCAGCGCCCCUCGAGUGGAAUGGCAAAGGGAAGGCGAGAGAUCCCUCCGAGCUGCAAGACCUAUGGCUUCCCCAUCUACUGCGCCGCCUGGGCUCCUCUCCCUCAUCUCUCCCCCUCCCCCACAGAAGGAGAGGAAGAAGAAGGAGAAGAAACACGAGAACAAGGAGAAGAACCCUGCCUGAUUGCUGUCUUGGGCGGUGGCGGAGGGGAGGGACACAGUGGUAUUCCCAAUGUUCUCCUCCUCUCCCGAUUUGAUGUUCCCGCUUUAUCUCUCUCUGAUCAGCCGGUGUCCAAGAUUGUUACUGAUGAUAACGUGCCUUAUCGGAUGGCCGUGCACCCCCGGGGCGAUGGCAUCAUCUGCGCCUUCCCAAAGGAUUGCAGGUGGUUUGUGUGGAAUUUUCCACAUAAAAAAGUUUAUAAACCGGCUCUGAAAUCAUCUGAGCAGAAGUUAACAAAGUUGGAAGGUGUGGGACUGCAGUUGGCAUUAGCAUUUAAUGCAGAGGGUUCUAUACUUGCAGCUGGUGGUGAGGAUGGGCAUUUGAGGGUUUUCAAGUGGCCAAGCAUGGAAAUAAUUCUAUAUGAGACUGAUGUUCAUGCAACUGUUAAGGAUUUGGCUUUCAGCUUUGAUGCAAAAUUUCUUGUAUCUUUGGGGAAUAGUGGUCCUUGCAGAGUAUGGGAUCUGACUUCUUCAAAAAUUGCAGCCAGUCUUUCACGGGAAGAUGGCGAAGUCUUUGGCUUUUGUAAGUUCAGUCGACAUGCUGACAAUACUCAACUCUUAUACAUUACUGCUAUGCAUGGUGACUAUGGAAAAAUAAUAAUUUGGAACACUGACUCUUGGAAGAGAAUUAGUACAAAAAAGAUAAUUCGUGAUGCAAUUUCGGCUUUCAAUGUUUCAACUGAUGGUAAACUCCUUGCAAUUGGAACAGUUGAAGGAGAUGUUUUAAUCCUCAACUCCUCUAAUAUGGGGGUGCAGAUGAGGGUCAGGAAAGCACACCUUGGUAUUGUUACUGCAGUAGUAUUCUCCCAGGAUUCAAGGUUUUUGAUAUCAGCAUCAUUUGAUUCGACUGCACGUGUGAUACCUGUUGAGAGCAAAACGAAAAAAGGCUUGAAUGUUUGGCUGAUCAUUUUUGUUAUUUUGGUGGCCAUGAUGGCCUAUUAUUAUAUAAACCGGAAGGAGGUUCUGAAAGGAUGGGGUAUUUGAUGAUGCCAAGUUAGCUUCAUGAGUUGGUUCCUCUUCACGUAUGGGUCUAUACUAAACUUAAGCCUGGCAAGCAACUGCAUCCAUAAUACACAUGAAUAUUUGUUUUGUUGAUCUAACUUCGCCAUAAAAAUUUUCGGAUUUUGUGCAUAUAUUUAUAGAGCUUGCUAGAUUUAUGUAAAUUUAUCAGUCUGUUUUGGUGGUACCUUUACUAUUCCAAAUUUAAUUAAGUUGCUGAGAUGAUUUACUUA